CGGACAGAUGCGUGACAUAAUUAAAGUAUAAAAGCAUGGUUAUAAUGCUAGUAUUUGCCAUAAUAAUACAAAAUUAGCCACAAUGAUUGCUAAAUAUUUGUUAGGAUUAUUCUUAUGUCUGCUAAUCGCAGUAAAUAUAGCUAGUGCUGGUACUUUAAAACGUAUUCCGAUGAAAAUAAAUGUCAAAGAAUUCAUUUUUGAUAAUACCGAUGAAUUCUCCGAGAAAAUAUCUGAAGAGAUGUCUUAUGAAAGUAGCGAGGAAAUUACCUACGACAACACUGAGGACUUGAUCAUAAGAAUGAUCAGGGGGAUGAUUUAUGAAAAAUCCUCAAAAAAUUCAUAUAAAAAGACCAAGGAGGUGACGAUCAAAGGGACUACAGAUAAUUCCUCUAACAAGAUUAAGGGCCCUGUCUCCGGAGAAACUUCAGAGAAUUCCUCCGGUAUGUCUAAGCCUGUCUCUGGAGAAACCGCAGAGAACUUAUCCGGUAAGAGCAAGGGGGUUGUCUCCGGAAAAUCAACAGAGGACACCAAGAGCUCCAUAAAGGUCAAGAGGGCUGUCUCCGGGAAGACCAUGGCGGAUUUCUCUGGAAAGACCAGGCAGGCUGUCUCUGAUUAA